UCGUGCGCCGGUGCCUCCAGUGUCAGAAGACAGUGUUUAACAGAGGCGAUUUACAAGACCUGAACAACUCUACCUACAGACGUGAUCUGUGAUUUUCAACACAAAGCCCUCACAUCUCAUGAGACUGGUUGCAUUAUGAGAGCUCGCUACCUGUUCCUAUUGGUUUACCUACUGGGGAGCUCCUUUGCAGGAUCCAGUGCACAGAGUAAUGGAGUAUGCACAAAAGAUGCCUGCACACAGGUCCCAGACGCCACCUCGAACUUCUUACAGUGUGUGGGCCUGCCUUCGACAGACACGGGCGCAGAUGAAAUGCGAAAGCUGAAAGGAAUUCUUGAAGCCACAAUGGAUGUGUACACGUUUAUGAAAUCAAGCAUGACAAGAGGACCAAUUUUGAGUGUGGAGGGCGCUCUGGAAUUAGACUUGACUGCAGACGCUCUACAAAAUCAAGAUCUGGUCAGGAUGUGGUUGGAGGUCAACAUGAAACCGCUCCUGAAAUCCAUCACCAAGCAGUUCUUGUCCUGUCUCAGCACCAGGAACUUCAGCUGCUCCACCUACCAGACUGUAGUGGAGGAGCUCAGUCAACACUAUUCUGAGAUGGAUCCAGUCAGGCAAAAGUGGAUCUACACAUUCUUUAUGUACCCGUUCCUGUCUUCGGCAACAGUUGAUGGCUGUGUGAGGCCAGAUGAGGGCAGUGCGGAGUGGCUGAUGAAGAACUUUGGUGCCUUCAGUGUCAUGGCCCGCUUGAAGGACUUUUCAGAGCUCAAUGAGGUCUUCAAUGGACUGGAGGUUCUUAACUUGUUGUCUCCAGCACAAAAGGCCGAGCUGCUCAUGAGCCCUUAUGUUGCCAGUUUAGACAAUGGCACAUUAGCCUUGGUCUUCCACAGUCUGCUAACAGGGGAAUCUGGCCCAUCACCCACUGCUGGCCCUGGAUGGGGCCCCAACUGGACAACCCCUGGGUACCCACCCUCCUAUCCAGUACAGCUGUCACAUCAGCCAGGCCUCCAACAGGUCGUAAAUGGAUUCAUGUCAGCCUUCAAACCCAUCGGGAGCUUUGUUCAUAAUUUUGUGUCCUUCACACGUGAGAGAAAUCCGUCAAAUAUAAGAAGCACCACUUUGACCCAGUUCCUGCUCAACUGGACUCUUUCUGAGCUGGCUGGCAAAUACCAGCCAAGCGCACCUGAGGUCCCAGAGGGACCUAACUUUGAUGUGACAAAUGUAGUAGACUGGUAUCAUUACGUUGUGAAGCCGCUGUUACGGAGGUUUUUGCCCGAUGAAGAACUCCUGAUGCAUGAAAACAUCACGCUCGCUUUCCACGAAGUGUUCCGUCUGGACAACAGUAUGGACAACAUGACGGUGAUUGAAAUCCAGGAUGUCUGUAGCAUCACCCUCGAUAAGAGCCCUUGCGGGCUGACCGACGCGGUGGCAAACGUGGCUCAUGUCUUGCACUGCGCUGCUCGUAACAACCUGACCAUGACAGAAGCCGUCGUCUUGAAGCUGGUUCUAGAGCUGACUCAACGUCUGAACUUGCUGAUCAAGGAGCUCUCCACAGCAAACUUCACGCAGUUGGAAUCCGAGUUUAAGCAGAUCUUCAGCGAGUCAAACUCAGCAACUCUGACCCAGGAGCACCUGACGGACCCAGCUUUCAUCCAGCUCUGGUUCAAGGUCAAGCUGCUGCCCCUCCUGCCCGACGUACAGCCAGAGCUCCUCUCCUGCCUCAGCACCAAGAACUUUUCUUGCCCCGUUUACCAAACCCUUGUGGCGGCGCUCAGUGAACGCAUGAACUUUUUGGAUGCUGAUCCGAUGUACAGCAGCAACAUCUACGAGUACUUCAUCUACCCCUUCCUGCUAAAUCACAACACCUCGGACCCCCAGUGUGUCUCUGCAGUUAAUAACAGCGCAGAAUGGCUGCAACUCAACUUUGGUUUCUUCUCGAGCUUUGCCUCUAUCUUCGACUUCUACGCACUCAACCCUUAUUUCUCUGGACUGGAGGCUCUUGACCUCCUGACUCCAAAUCAGAUGGUAGAGUUGCUGCUGUUGACUCUCCCAACUCCACCAGAGAAAGACGUUGUCAUCAGCCAAGUGUUUAACUUCCUGACGGAGUCACCUGCAGCCAGGAAGUACCCAGAGGUCCUCAGCGCUUUGGUCAGGCUCGCUGGAGAGAUCAAUCCUUCCUGCGACAUCUACAAACAAAUCUUUACACAGCUCUAUGCAGCCAUACCAUCUCUGCCUCCAGAAAUGGAACCAGUCACCUGGGCCACUAUAGAAGCCCUGAUAAACAUUGCACCUGUCGAGUGCGUGCCGGCGAACCUCAGGUGCCCGGUAAUCCCGCUCAAUGAAACUCAGAGCUGUGCAGGAGUCAACAGCUCUGAUCUGCUGUCUUACUUGGACACCUUUAAUCAAGUUCCCUGCAACGUCCCCUUGGAGGAAUAUGCCUGUGCACAGCUGGACAACUUCACAGCCAAUCAACUGGCAUCUCUUCUGAUGUGUAAUCUUUCUGGGAACAGCGCCCACUCCAAAACUCUGUGGAAAAUCCUGCUCACUAAAGUCUCCAAUGUUUUAAACCCAGCCCUGGACAUCCUGGCUAACAUGCCGAUGCCCGUGAUUCCAUCAGCGCCACAGGUCUUGGAUGUGAUUGGAGAGAUCAGAGUGUCGCUGCUGACAGAUGAGCAGCUGCAGAACAGCGAAGUUAUCAGGUUGUGGUUCUCAGGCCGCCUGAGGAGCUUCUUGCCUUACGCAUCAGGAAUGUUUCUGCGCUGUCUCAGCAGCACAAACCUGACCUGUCAGUCAUACCAGGAAAUACUGCAGACGUUUAUCAGCCAGUUUAACCAGAUGACCUCAAACCAGCAGCAGUUGGUCUUGCAGGAUUUCAUACUGCAGUUCCUGACGCAGCCACGCUCAGAUUCCAGCUGUGUGUCCACCUCCAACAGCACUGCAGUGUGGAUACAGCAGAAUUUCGGUCCAUUUUCAGCACUUCUGUCGCUCACUGAGCUGAUCCAUCUCAACCCACAAUUCAACCCUAUUGAAGUCUUGACACUCCUGACUGCACAACAGAGCGCAGAGCUGCUGUCGCUGUCGCUUCCAAAUCUGCCGGACAAAGCUGUCAUCAUCAACGCGCUCUUUGACUACCUGACCGUGUCUGCUGAAAAGAAUAAAUUCACAGAGUUCCUGACCAACCUCACCGUGUUCAUUCACCCGGAAAACUUCACUUGCUCUUCAUACAAAACGCUGUUUGCCAGACUGGACUUGGCCAUACCUGUGGUUUCUCUUGGCAUUGUUGCAACUAUCACACAGACUAAAGAGGCUCUAUCCCACCAACUACCACCUGACUGCAUCAUUGGAGAGUGUAAUGUCAGCACGGCAAAUGAAACGGAAAUCUGUAUCGGUUUGAACAGAACAGCAGUUCAGCUCCAACUCACCAGUGCACAGACGAGCGGAAACCUCUGUGACUUGGCCGUUGAGCAACUGGCUUGUGCCUCGCUGUCAACAAUAACAGCAGAACAGCUGGCAAUGAUACUGAAGUGCAACCACUCCUCCAGCUCGAGUGGGUCCAAAUCUGUCUGGAAACUUGUCCUCUCCGAAACCUCUCAGGUCCUGGACCAGGCUCUGGAUCUGCUCGUCAACACGACUCUGGACGCCAACAACCCAGCAGUGUCCGUGAUUCUGGACACCAUACAAGAACUCCGAAUAGAUACUGUCAGCAUGGCCACCCUCAAUAAUCUAACCUUCAUCCAGACGUGGUUUGGCCGCCGCCUUCUCCCAUUUCUGCCAGCUGUUUCACCUGACUUCCUUUCAUGUAUCUCCACAAAGAACCUGACUUGCAGCUCCUACCAGGCCAUUCAGCAGAUUUUGAGUCAACUCCGGCCACAAUUGACGUUUGCCAGGCAGGUGUCUGUCUACACGCACUUCAUUAAGGUUUUCCUGACCAGGGACAACAGCACAGACCCCGCCUGCAGCUCAGGCAUUGCCACCAGUGCACAAUGGCUGCAGGUGAACAUGGGAGGUUUUGCCUAUCUUGCGACGUUCCAGGACAUUCAGACGAUCUACUCCAACUUCUCAGCGAUGGAAGCCUUGUCACAGCUCACGGUCAGACAGCUAGCCGAGGUGUCCACAACACCUGGCCAGCUCACAACUUCUGAGCAAGUCAACAUGGUGAUGAAAUAUGUGCCUGACCAGUCUCUGGCUGCCUUCUUUGAUGAUUUCUCAUCUGUUCUCCUGGCUCCUGAAGACGCAUUGCCUUCAGUUGUGAGGUCAGCCAUGUUGCAAGUUGUGUUUGAUCGUGCAAACCUCUCCCUUCCUUCGAUGAGUGAUGCGGACGUAGAGGUGUGGCUUACCUCCCGGCUGCCACCCCUGCUGGUACAACUUUCACCAGGACAAGUUGCACCUUACUUCGGAAUACUGGCAGGACGGAGCUGCAGCAUUGAGCAGCUGGGUGUACUGAACCUGAACAUGACUAUCUCAACGCUCAGCACAGACACACAGCAGAAAAUCUAUGAUCAAAUCCUCCAGACCCUCGGAGGUCCAACACCUCUCCGCUGCUACAGUGACAGCUACAACACCAGUUUCUAUGGUUUCCUGGAGCAAUCUUUCAUGGGUUUCCAGUUUCCCAACCUCACCGCCUUCCUGUCGCUCAUGCCUCCUGACAGAAUGAGUCUGAUCAUAAAUUCCAUCCCUCCAUCGGAGCUUGGGGAUUAUCUACGACGUCCUAAUGUUGUCGACAACAACGCACAGCUCUGCAUGCUCUUCAACAGCUACAGCCAGACACCACAGUUUCUAGAAACUGAGUCUCUGCCGGAAGCGGUGAGGCGCUCCAUCCUGCCCUGCGUCUGGCCCAUGGCCCUCAGCAGCACCCAAACGUUGGAGGUGGAUGCUUGGUUUGACCAACGCCUCAAGAACUACUUGCCCUUCCUCACAAAGAGCCUGAUCAGUCCCAGUGUCAUAAACAGCACCUCCUGCCUGGCCUUCCAAAAACUUGUCUCAGUCCUUGGGGUAUACAACUACACUACUGCUGACUUUGUGAGGGGAGACGUGUACAACACCAUCAGGACUUACCUUUACGUCGGCUCAACCUCAAAUCCAAAGUGUUACUUCCCCAGCGACUCACAACUGAAUUCCACAGCUUGGUUUGCUCAGUACAUCGGGUCUUUCGUCUCUUUCCUCACUCUGGACGAUGUUGUGACAUUUGGAUCUGAGUCGGUCAUUCAGGUCUUCACAGUGAACCUUCAGAACAUCGCUCUUUUCAACACCUCUUUCUUACCUGCAAACCUCACAGAGUACUACACCACCCUUUUGUAUCAACAGGACAGCAACUUCAACCCCUUACUCCUUCCUAUCUUGUUUCGGUGUGUCGCUCCUGGUCCAGCAUUUACCCAACUGAGUCCAAGCAACACUUUGAUAGUUCUGCAGAAUCUCACAGUUCUCUGUACGAACCUGGACCCACAAGUCACAGCUGCUUUGGCAGGUAACUUUGGUCAGAACAUUGACUCCACAGUCAUUUCUGUCCUCGGCAGCCAAAGCACUGGCAUGUCGCUGAAUCAGAUCAGCUCAAUCAAACCCCAGGACUUAAUAAACUCCAUCGGCACUCUCUCCACUGUGACGGGCUGGAGCGAAGGCCAGGCCAUGACCAUCAUCCAGUCUCUGCUGUCUUCGGGCAUCAUACAGAUCAACAGCUCAUCAUCGCUGAUAAGUCUGGGCACUCUCAUCAUUGGUGUACCUUCCAGAGUGUUCUUGAGCAUCUCUGGUAAUCAGCUGAUAAGUGCCUCCCAAACUCCUUCACUGGUGGCAAACCUCCUUUCUGGUCCUCAGAUCAUCCAGCAGGUCUUUGUCAGUCAGAUCAUAUCAGUGAACACCAGCAGCGUGCAAGUGAUCCAGAACGUUCCCAAUGACCUGGCCACUGAGAUCCCUCGAUCCCUGCUGGUGGGCUUCUCCAGUAGCAACGACGUUAUAACCAUACUCAACAGAAAGGAAUGGAAACAGCAGCAGGCUGAAUUGUUCUUUGAGUCGGUAGCUACAGAGAGCGCCUCUGCACAGCUGGGAGGUCCAAACAAUUUGUCAUCCUCUGUGCUUCAAGGGUUCACAUGCACUGGAGUGAGGAACAUUGGCAAUGAGCAAGUCAAGAACCUGAUCAAAGCCUGUCGGAGGUCAGGCAGCAGGAAGGUUAAACUAGUGGAGUCUCAGCUGACCUGCAUGUACACUUACAUUAAAGACGAUGCUGCCAACUUCAACCUCUACCCUCCAGAUGUGCUGCUGUAUUAUGAUUACUCACUGGUGCCGCAGGCCAGCUGCAGGGCCUAUUUCACAGAGUUGGGAAAUGCAGACUUCUCUGUCUUCUCUGCAGCGCUCAGCUACAAGCGCACUGCCCUGUUUGAAAACGCAAAGAGCUGCUUGGGCAUAACAAACACAAGCUUAACUAAAGAUGAAAUAUCAGUAUUGGGAAACAUGUGCUGCAUCCUGGAUGCGUCCUACAUCCUAAACUCAGAUUCAUCCAUCUUGGAAAAUCUCAAAAGCUGCCCCAGCCUCACUUCUGCUCAAGCAGCUGCUGUUCAGGCUCAAAUGACUAAUGGCAACACAAGAUAUGGAGCUCCUUCAGUGUGGACUGAGCAAACUCUGAAAGACCUCGGGAUGCUGCCGCUGUAUAUGUCUUCAACCUUCUAUGAUCACUUCAACACUAAAACAAAGAACAACUACUUGAGGUACUUCCUGGGUGUUCUCAAGGAAAACAACGUGGACAGUCAGAAGAUCGGGGAGCUGAAGAGCGCAAUAAGGAUGUCCAUUCCUAAUGAGGAAUCUACAGCCACUGACUGCACUUUGGGAUUCAUAAACCGUGUGACUCUCGUUGAUCUAACAUUCCCCUUAAACUAUGAUAUAAGUCAGUUCACCAGCUGCCUCAAUUCCACCAUUGUCAAAGACAACUUGGAUGCCCUCGUUAACCAGGUGCAGGAGCAGAACUACACAAAGAUUGUUCUCAGCAAGUUGCGAGAGGCUUACAGUGCCAGCGGUAUCAUCCCAGAAGAUCAGGUUCAGAUCUUAGGAGCAAUGUCCCGUAGUGCCACAAUGGAAGACAUCAACAUGUGGAGUAUUAUUCAGAUCGACACACUCGCUUCUUUGAUGGAUGCUUCAAACGGGCCGUGGGACCCGGUUCUGGCCAAAGCCAUCAUCUCCAAGUAUCUGAGUGUAAAGGGGAACAGUCUCGGCAGUGUGGAGCUCAACGCCAUUGGAGGACCAAACCUGUGCGCCCUGGAUGAUGUUGUUAUCAGGAACAUUUCGGUUGAAAGCAUCAAGAACGCCGAUGCUCUGGACAUAUCCAGCUGCACCACUGAGAAAAAGCAAGAACUGUUUUCCCUCACAUAUGAAGCAUUUAUCCCAGACAAACACUCAAUCACUAUCUCCACUUCCAGUUACCAGCUCAUACAAUCUUACCUACCGGGUGCAGAUCUUAGGUUUAUCCAAGACUUAGUGUCUGCCAAUAUCAGUAUGGACGUCCCGAUCUUCACUGGGCUGCUUGAGAGUGUUAUACAGAACCUGACUGUUAGUGAUGUUAAAGGUCUUCUUGGCACCAACCUCCCACUUUUGAAGUCGUAUGAAAAUGUGACAGUGGUGCAAACCUGGAUCAGUUCACAGUUUCAGUCCAAUCUUAAUGGUCUGGGAGUGGGGCUUACAGGAGGCAAGGUUAGCCCCACCACCACCACUACAUCAGACACAUCAUCAACAACAUCAGGGGCAACUUCAUCGAUAACAUCGGGGCCAAAUUCAUCAACAACAUCAGGGGCAACUUCAUCGAUAACAUCGGGGCCAAAUUCAUCAACAACAUCAGGGGCAACUUCAUCGAUAACAUCGGAGCCAAAUUCAUCAACAACAUCAGGGGCAACUUCAUCGAUAACAUCGGGGCCAAAUUCAUCAACCACAUCAGGGGCAACUUCAUCGAUAACAUCGGGGCCAAAUUCAUCAACAACAUCAGGGGCAACUUCAACGAUAACAUCGGGGCCAAAUUCAUCAACAACAUCAGGGGCAACUUCAUCGAUAACAUCGGGGCCAAAUUCAUCAACAACAUCAGGGGCAACUUCAUUGACAUCAUUGGGGACAACUUCAACAACAACAUCAGGGGCAACUUCAUUGACAUCAUUGGGGACAACUUCAACAACUGGAUCCAGCAGCACCACGCCAACAGAUAUCUGUAUCGGUUUGAACAGAACAGCAGUUCAGCUCCAACUCACCAGUGCACAGACGAGCGGAAACCUCUGUGACUUGGCCGUUGAGCAACUGGCUUGUGCCUCGCUGUCAACAAUAACAGCAGAACAGCUGGCAAUGAUACUGAAGUGCAACCGCUACUCCAGCUCGAGUGGGUCCAAAUCUGUCUGGAAACUUGUCCUCUCCGAAACCUCUCAGGUCCUGGACCAGGCUCUGGAUCUGCUCGUCAACACGACUCUGGACGCCAACAACCCAGCAGUGUCCGUGAUUCUGGACACCAUACAAGAACUCCGAAUAGAUACUGUCAACACGGCCACCCUCAAUAAUCUAACCUUCAUCCAGACGUGGUUUGGCCGCCGCCUUCUCCCAUUUCUGCCAGCUGUUUCACCUGACUUCCUUUCAUAUAUGGCCACAAGGGAACUUACUUGCAGCUCCUACCAGGCCAUUCAGCAGAUUUUGAGUCAACUCCGGCCACAAUUGACGUUUGCCAGGCAGAUGUCUGUCUACACGCACUUCAUUAAGGUUUUCCUGACCAAGGACAACAGCACAGACCCCGCCUGCAGCUCAGGCAUUGCCACCAGUGCACAAUGGCUGCAGGUGAACAUGGGAGGUUUUGCCUAUCUUGCGACGUUCCAGGACAUUCAGACGAUCUACUCCAACUUCUCAGCGAUGGAAGCCCUGUCACAGCUCACGGUCAGACAGCUAGCCGAGGUGUCCACAACACCUGGCCAGCUCACAACUUCUGAGCAAGUCAACAUGGUGAUGAAAUAUGUGCCUGACCAGUCUCUGGCUGCCUUCUUUGAUGAUUUCUCAUCUGUUCUCCUGGCUCCUGAAGACGCAUUGCCUUCAGUUGUGAGGUCAGCCAUGUUGCAAGUUGUGUUUGAUCGUGCAAACCUCUCCCUUCCUUCGAUGAGUGAUGCGGACGUAGAGGUGUGGCUUACCUCCCGGCUGCCACCUCUGCUGGUACAACUUUCACCAGGACAAGUUGCACCUUACUUCGGAAUACUGGCAGGACGGAGCUGCAGCAUUGAGCAGCUGGGUGUACUGAACCUGAACAUGACUAUCUCAACGCUCAGCACAGACACACAGCAGAAAAUCUAUGAUCAAAUCCUCCAGACCCUCGGAGGUCCAACACCUCUCCGCUGCUACAGUGACAGCUACAACACCAGUUUCUAUGGUUUCCUGGAGCAAUCUUUCAUGGGUUUCCAGUUUCCCAACCUCACCGCCUUCCUGUCGCUCAUGCCUCCUGACAGAAUGAGUCUGAUCAUAAAUUCCAUCCCUCCAUCGGAGCUUGGGGAUUAUCUACGACGUCCUAAUGUUGUCGACAACAACGCACAGCUCUGCAUGCUCUUCAACAGCUACAGCCAGACACCACAGUUUCUAGAAACUGAGUCUCUGCCGGAAGCGGUGAGGCGCUCCAUCCUGCCCUGCGUCUGGCCCAUGGCCCUCAGCAGCACCCAAACGUUGGAGGUGGAUGCUUGGUUUGACCAACGCCUCAAGAACUACUUGCCCUUCCUCACAAAGAGCCUGAUCAGUCCCAGUGUCAUAAACAGCACCUCCUGCCUGGCCUUCCAAAAACUUGUCUCAGUCCUUGGGGUAUACAACUACACUACUGCUGACUUUGUGAGGGGAGACGUGUACAACACCAUCAGGACUUACCUUUACGUCGGCUCAACCUCAAAUCCAAAGUGUUACUUCCCCAGCAACCCACAACUGAAUUCCACAGCUUGGUUUGCUCAGUACAUCGGGUCUUUCGUCUCUUUCCUCACUCUGGACGAUGUUGUGGCAUUUGGAUCUCAGUCGGUCAUUCAGAUCUUCACAGUGAACCUUCAGAACAUCGCUCUUUUCAACACCUCUUUCUUACCUGCAAACCUCACGAAGUACUACACCACCCUUUUAUAUCAACAGGACAGCAACUUCAACCCCUUACUCCUUCCUAUCUUGUUUCGGUGUGUCGCUCCUGGUCCAGCAUUUACCCAACUGAGUCCAAGCGACAGUAUGAUAGUUCUGAAGAAUCUCACAGUUCUCUGUACGGACCUGGACCCACAAGUCACAGCUGCUUUGGCAGGUAACUUUGGUCAGAACAUUGACUCCACAGUCAUUUCUGUCCUCGGCAGCCAAAGCACUGGCAUGUCGCUGAAUCAGAUCAGCUCAAUCAAACCCCAGGACUUAAUAAACUCCAUCGGCACUCUCUCCACUGUGACGGGCUGGAGCGAAGGCCAGGCCAUGACCAUCAUCCAGUCUCUGCUGUCUUCGGGCAUCAUACAGAUCAACAGCUCAUCAUCGCUGAUAAGUCUGGGCACUCUCAUCAUUGGUGUACCUUCCAGAGUGUUCUUGAGCAUCUCUGGUAAUCAGCUGAUAAGUGCCUCCCAAACUCCUUCACUGGUGGCAAACCUCCUUUCUGGUCCUCAGAUCAUCCAGCAGGUCUUUGUCAGUCAGAUCAUAUCAGUGAACACCAGCAGCGUGCAAGUGAUCCAGAACGUUCCCAAUGACCUGGCCACUGAGAUCCCUCGAUCCCUGCUGGUGGGCUUCUCCAGUAGCAACGACGUUAUAACCAUACUCAACAGAAAGGAAUGGAAACCGCAGCAGGCUGAAUUGUUCUUUGAGUCGGUAGCUACAGAGAGCGCCUCUGCACAGCUGGGAGGUCCAAACAAUUUGUCAUCCUCUGUGCUUCAAGGGUUCACAUGCACUGGAGCGAGGAACAUUGGCAAUGGGCAAGUCAAGAACCUGAUCAAAGCCUGUCGGAGGUCAGGCAGCAGGAAGGUUAAACUAGUGGAGUCUCAGCUGACCUGCAUGUACACUUACAUUAAAGACGAUGCUGCCAACUUCAACCUCUACCCUCCAGAUGUGCUGCUGUAUUAUGAUUACUCACUGGUGCCGCAGGCCAGCUGCAGGGCCUAUUUCACAGAGUUGGGAAAUGCAGACUUCUCUGUCUUCUCUGCAGCGCUCAGCUACAAGCGCACUGCCCUGUUUGAAAACGCAAAGAGCUGCUUGGGCAUAACAAACACAAGCUUAACUAAAGAUGAAAUAUCAGUAUUGGGAAACAUGUGCUGCAUCCUGGAUGCGUCCUACAUCCUAAACUCAGAUUCAUCCAUCUUGGAAAAUCUCAAAAGCUGCCCCAGCCUCACUUCUGCUCAAGCAGCUGCUGUUCAGGCUCGAAUAACUAAUGGCAACACAAGAUAUGGAGCUCCUUCAGUGUGGACUGAGCAAACUCUGAAAGACCUCGGGAUGCUGCCGCUGUAUAUGUCUUCAACCUUCUAUGAUCACUUCAACACUAAAACAAAGAACAACUACUUGAGGUACUUCCUGGGUGUUCUCAAGGAAAACAACGUGGACAGUCAGAAGAUCGGGAAGCUGAAGAGCGCAAUAAAGACGUCCCUUCCGGAUGAGUCAAAGCGAUCUCCAGCCUGCACUUUGGGAUUCAUAACCCGUGUUACUAUCGUUAAUCUAACAUUCCCCUUAAACUAUGAUAUAAGUCAGUUCACCAGCUGCCUCAAUUCCACCAUUGUCAAAGACAACUUGGAUGCCCUCGUUAACCAGGUGCAGGAGCAGAACUACACAAAGAUUGUUCUCAGCAAGUUGCAAGAGGCUUACAAUGCCAGCGGCAUCAUCCCAGAAGAUCAGGUUCAGAUCUUAGGAGCAAUGUCCCGUAGUGCAACAAUGGAAGACAUCAACAUGUGGAGUAUUAUUCAGAUCGACACACUCGCUUCUUUGAUGGAUGCUUCAAACGGGCCGUGGGACCCGGUUCUGGCCAAAGCCAUCAUCUCCAAGUAUCUGAGUGUAAAGGGGAACAGUCUCGGCAGUGUGGAGCUCAACGUCUUUAGAGGACCAAACCUGUGCGCCCUGGAUGUUGUUGUUAUCAGGAACAUUUCGGUUGGAAGCAUCAAGAACGCCGAUGCUCUGGACAUAUCCAGCUGCACCACUGAGAAAAAGCAAGAACUGUUUUCCCUCACAUAUGAAGCAUUUAUCCCAAUCACCCGCUCAAGCACUAUCUCCACUACCAGUUACCAGCUCAUACAAUCUUACCUACCGGGUGCAGAUUUUAGGUUUAUCCAAGACUUAGUGUCUGCCAAUAUCAGUAUGGACGUCCCGACCUUCACUGGGCUGCUUGAGAGUGUUAUACAGAACCUGACUGUUAGUGAUGUUAAAGGUCUUCUUGGCACCAACCUCCCACUUUUGAAGUCAUAUGAAAAUGUGACAGUGGUGCAAACCUGGAUCAGUUCACAGUUUCAGUCUGAACUUAAUGGCCUGGGAGUGGGGCUUACAGGAGGCAAGCUUAGCACCACCACCACUACACCGGGUACAUCAUCAACAACAACAUCAGGGACAACUUCAACAACAACAUCAGGGACAACUUCAACAACAAAAUCAACAACUGGAUCCAACAGCACCACGGGCAAUGCUCCUCCAGUCCGAGACGCUGGCUUCUCUUUCUUCGCUCUUCUUGUACUCCUCAUCACUUCUCAGUAUGUUGUAAUGUAAAGACAACUUUUCUCAUGGAAGAUUAUUGGAAUAUGAAUUAUAAAAUGGUAGAUAACUGGAUAAAGGCUUGAAAUAAUUUUUUUGUUUUAAUUUAUCAUUAAUAGAAGGAAAUAAUGUUAAACAGAAGGGCAUUUGCUUCGUUCCUUGUAACGCUCACUAUGAACAAAAUAGUGCAGGUGCAAUAAGACAAAUUGUAAAUGAUGUAUUUUUGAUUACUAAAUCUUCCUGAAACCUUUUCAUGAACUAUUUCUAAGGUCAUAUUUUUGCUUUAUUUGUUUUCUAUUUUUUUUAUUGCUCCAUUUAAAUUAAGAUAUUUAAAAGGAUGAGGACUCAACAGAAAAAUGACAGGUUCGGGUGACGGGUAACAGUUUUCAUGAUAGCUCUUUCUUUAUUCAGUCUUACUAUGAAAAUGUAUUUGAGAGAUCAAUAAUAAACACAUUUUAAACAGCCUUAAAA